AUGUCAGCAGUUCUCACACUGUCCAACACAGUGUUUGUUCAGAGCACGGAGCCAAAAAAAUCCCUGAAAAUACUGGUGAGCUUCUUCCCUCAGUGGACAGAGCUGUGGGGGGAUUCUGUAACACCGUGGAGGGGGCCCUGUUCUUGGUCUAAUGAGGACGCCUGUCUGAAGCCACCCAGUGUGACUGUGUGUCUCAUGGCUGUCCUCAGACGUGGGCUUGCCGUGGCCCUUCAUCGGGUCCUUGAGCGGGGCUGCCACCCCGCACUGCCUGCUUCUCUGCUAGGAGCAUGUAGGACUAAAAAGACAUGGCCGGUGAGCUUCCCUCAGGAGGAGCUGAAGAAACGCCUCACACCAAUGCAGUACCAUGUUACCCAGGAGAGAGGAACUGAGGGUGCCUUCACUGGAGGGUUCACACAUAAAGAUGAGGGGACCUACGCGUGUGUUGUCUGUGGGGCCCAGCUGUUCAGCUCGAACACUAAAUUUGACUCUGGAUCGGGUUGGCCGUCCUUCUUUGACCUCGUGAAGGAAGAGUCCGUCACCGUGUCAGAUGAUUUCUCCCAUGGGAUACACAGAGUGGAGACCACCUGCAGCCAGUGCGGCGCUCACCUGGGACACCUGUUUGAUGAUGGACCAAGACCUACAGGAAGACGCUACUGCAUCAACUCGGCCUCGUUGGCUUUCCAGCCCAAAGACGGGGCAGAGGGCGGAGAUGCCAGCGGACCGGCCAGCGAUGGGAAAACGGAGCUCUGAAAGACACUCGUGAACCGCAGCAGACCAACAACUGUGCCUGUGUAGGGAGGGUUCUCAUGAAUAAAGUAGUUCUGGCUCUGUGUUCUGUAAAGAUAGAGGAGGUUAUUGGUCAAGGAAGGAAGGUGCUCAGGCCAGUGAGAAUACUCUUGAUGUAUAAUCUAUCACAAGGGAAAAGUGCACGUACCAAAACAGUCACAUUCGAAGCUGCAAAACACCCUGUAUCAGCUGAUUGCCUUAAAGGGAACUACUUUUUCCCCUUAAUUCCCUUUGGUUUGCUACGUGUGGGUAGUAGCAUUUGGUCUGCUGAUUUAAACAUGGAUGAAAUGCUGCGUAGUAAUAGACACAUAUAUAAAACAUAGAGCUUUUUACAUUCUAACUAAAAAUAUUUUAUUACAGUAUAUUUUUGAAGUGAUAUUUGAUACUGAGAGCUCCUGUGACAGAUGGCAUCUUAUGGUGGACAAAUAAAGUACUGUGGUCUUUGGGUCACUUCCUAUAUUUGUUUCUUUAGCUCUUUGCAGUAAGACAUUUAUAUUUUUUUCAGUUUGUGUUCACAGCUUGUAUCUAAACAGUUACUGGAUGAAUAAAAUAUCUAGAAAACA